AUGGAUGGACCACUCAAAACAAUCAUUCUCAAACCCUGUUGUCCAGCCUUGAUUGAUAACAUCCUUCCCAAUGUCAACAGAGAAGAUCCAUCCGAAGCUGCCUCUCUUUGUGCUGCUAAGGAUGAUGUCAACAAGUGUGUUGACGAAUUCCUUUCAUCAGUCGAACGCGAUUUAUCUGGCAUUGCCAUUGAGGAAGAGGAAGAAGCCUCACCAGCAGAAGGCGAAACUGCCAUCGUCGAAGAUGUUGCAGUUGCCGAAAAGGCUGCAGAAGAAGCUGCAGCUAAGAUUGCUGAAGAAGCUGCUGCCAAGGAAGCCGAAGAGACAGCAGUUAACUAA